GAUGCUGCAAGUAGAAUGUGAAUUGUUUUUGUCGUCUGCUUUAAGAAUGUAUACCAAAUAAUGCAUUCUGAAAACGAAAGUGUUGAUAUAUAACAUAACCUACAAUUUUAAAGUUUGAGUAGAUUUCUAACGAUAAUAUUAUUAACGAAAAUGACAUCUUUUAUACGAAAUUUAUCAAGCGCUGCACAUAUGAAGAAAAAUUUUGAUGUUAUUGUUUCAGGAGGGGGCAUGAUUGGAACAGCUUUAACAUGCCUUUUGGCACAAACACCGAUGUUUUCUGAUCUGAAUAUCCUUCUUAUGGAACCUAGUCAACCAAAGCAAUGGACUUUGUCACCAUCCUAUAGCAAUCGUGUGUCCUCUAUCAAUGAUUCGACCAAACGGCUGAUGGAAAGUUUAGGGGCUUGGGAACACAUUACCAAUACAAGAUUCAAGCCAGUUAUGAACAUGAAGGUAUGGGAUUGUUCGGGAGCAAAGGUUGAAUUUGAAAACGGCAUAAAUCCUGUGGCAUACAUUGUGGAAAAUGAUAUACUCAUUGAUGCAGUGGAGAAAAGAUUGAAGGCUGCAACAAAUGUGACAGUAAUGAAUGGUGUAAGGGUCGAGCAAUAUAAACUACCCAAAGAGCUAAAUGAACAAGUUCAGCUCCAAAUCAGUGAUGGAUCGACAAUUACCUGCAGUCUUUUGAUUGGAGCAGACGGUGCCAACUCCCAAGUGCGGAAGACGAUGGGAGUCCAGUACCUGAGCUGGGCAUACGGACAGACUGCAGUCGUGGCUACUCUAAAACUGGCCGAGGGUUCACAAAACAGCACAGCAUGGCAGAGAUUCUUGUCCACUGGCCCUGUAGCUCUGCUCCCUUUGACAGAUGAUUUGUGUUCUUUGGUGUGGUCAACUUCCUCUCAAGAAGCAAAAACUCUGCUGAAACUACCCAAUGAUUCAUUUGUUGAUGCGCUCAAUGAUGCACUGUGGAGAGAGCCAGUGAGGUCAGAGGCAGUGAAUGCCGUUAGUUCUGUCACACGGAAACUCCUGGGACUGGUGGACAGCCAAAACUCAACUAGCUUGCCACAACCUCCCAAUGUUGCUGCAGUUGUGGAGGGCAGCAGGGCAGCCUUCCCACUUGGCUUCGGACAUGCCACCUCUUAUGUAGCACCUUGUGUCGCUCUUGUUGGUGAUGCAGCCCAUAAAGUCCACCCAUUGGCUGGUCAAGGAGUCAACUUAGGCUACGGGGACGUUGCAUGUCUUGUGGAACAGUUGACCCGAGCUGCUCAUCUCGGUAGACAUAUCGGUGACCUAAGCACUCUGCGGGAGUACCAGAGGCUCAGGCAGAGGCACAAUGUGCCUAUGAUGGCUGCCAUCGAUGUAAUGGCUCGUGUCUACUCCUCACAGAACCCUGCCCUGAUGGCUGCUGGUAACAUCGCUCUGCAAAUGGCCAAUACUGUCCAUCCCAUCAAGGCUCUAAUGAUGGAUCGAGCUGCUGCUUAAGUGAUCUCAGUGUAUUCUGUUGUUUAUGUACAUAUUUAUUGGUAUUUAGAGUGUCAUCUAUAUAAACAAGUUUUCUUUAAAAAAUAGGCGUACAUUUUAUUAUU